AUGGGCAAGCCCAAGCAGCAAGUGCUUUCCCGCUUCUUCUCCACGAAGCCCGCGCCCCAGCCCGCCGGCCCCGACCCGCCGCCCCCGCCUCCGCUCAACCCUAAACCCUCCGCGGCGCAAGCGCAACCGCCCGUCUCCACCGUCGCCUCCUUCUCCCCAGCCAAGCGCGCGCGCGCGCGCGCCCUCUCCCUCUCCCCCAAACCCCGCCCGCCAAACGGCCCAAUCCCACCCCUCCUCCUUCCCGCGACGCCGUCCGCCGCAGGCUCCUGGAGCCGCUCGACCCGCCGCCGCCGCCUCGCCCCCUGA